UGCCGGGGUGGGCCGCACGGGCUGCUUCAUCGUGAUCGACGCCAUGCUUGAGCGCAUCAAGCACGAGAAGACCGUGGACAUCUACGGCCACGUGACGCUGAUGCGCGCCCAGCGGAACUACAUGGUGCAGACGGAGGACCAGUACGUGUUCAUCCACGACGCGCUCCAGGAAGCCGUCACAUGCGGCACCACUGAAGUGCCCGCCCGAAACCUCUACGCCUACAUCCAGAAGCUGACUGGGAUCGAGGGCGGAGAGAACGUCACAGGCAUGGAGCUGGAGUUCAAGGUAAGCCGGUCUGCGUUGUAUUAUUGCAAUGGAUUUUUUCUUUUUUUUAUAUAUACACUACCGUUCAAAAGUUUGGGGUCACUUAGAAAUGUCCUUGUUUUCCAUGAAAACAUACAUAAAAUGAGUUUGAAUAGGAAAUAUAACAAAAUGCAUAGGAAAUGUAGUCAUUGACAAGGUUAGAAAUAAUUAUUUUUUAUAGAAAUAAUAAUUGUGUCCUUCAAACUUUGCUUUCGUCAAAGAAUCCUCCAUUUGCAGCAAUUACGGCCUUGCAGACCUUUGGCAUUCUAGUUGUCAAUUUGUUGAGGUAAUCUGAAGAGAUUUCACCCCAUGAUUCCUGAAGCACCGCCCACAAGUUGGAUUGGCUUGAUGGGCACUUCUUACGUACCAUACGGUCAAGCUGCUCCCACAACAGCUCAAUAGGGUUGAGAUCCGGUGACUGUGCUGGCCACUCCAUUAUAGACAGAAUACCAGCUGACUGCUUCUUCCCUAAAUAGUUCUUGCAUAGUUUGGAGCUGUGCUUUGGGUCAUUGUCCUGUUGUAGGAGGAAAUUGGCUCCAAUCAAGCUCCGUCCACAGGGUACGGCAUGGCGUUGCAAAAUGGAGUGAUAGCCUUCCUUCUUCAAGAUCCCUUUUACCCUGUACAAAUCUCCCACUUUACAUUUACAUUACAUUUACAUUUACGUCAUUUAGCAGACGCUCUUAUCCAGAGCGACUUACAAAUUGGUGCAUUCACCUUAUAGCCAGUGGGAUAACCACUUUACAAUAUGUAUUUUAUUUUUACAUUUUUAUUAUUUAAUUUUGUUUUUAAAAAAUUGGGGGGUGGGGUAAGGGGGGGGGGGGGGGGGGGGUAGAAGGAUUACUUUAUCCUAUCCCAGGUAUUCCUUAAAGAGGUGGGGUUUCAAGUGUCUCCGGAAGGUGGUGAGUGACUCCGCUGUCCUGGCGUCGCGAGGGAGCUUGUUCCACCAUUGGGGUGCCAGAACAGCGAACAGUUUUGACUGGGCUGAGCGGGAACUGUGCUUCCACAGAGGUAGGGGGGCCAGCAGGCCAGAGGUGGAUGAACGCAAUGCCCUCGUUUGGGUGUAGGGACUGAUCAGAGCCUGAAGGUACGGAGGUGCCAUUCCCCUCACAGCUCCGUAGGCAAGCACCAUGGUCUUGUAGCAGAUGCGAGCUUCAACUGGAAGCCAGUGGAGUGUGCGGAGGAGCGGGGUGACGUGAGAGAACUUGGGAAGUUUGAACACCAGAUGGGCUGCGGCAUUCUGGAUGAUUUGUAGGGGUUUAAUGGCACAGGCAGGGAGCCCAGCCAACAGCGAGUUGCAGUAAUCCAGACGGGAGAUGACAAGUGCCUGGAUUAGGACCUGUGCCGCUUCCUGUGUAAGGCAGGGUCGUACUCUCCGAAUGUUGUAGAGCAUGAACCUACAGGAUCGGGUCACCGCCUUGAUGUUAGCGGAGAACGACAGGGUGUUGUCCAGGGUCACGCCAAGGCUCUUCGCACUCUGGGAGGAGGACACAACGGAGUUGUCAACCGUGAUGGCGAGAUCAUGGAAUGGGCAGUCCUUCCCCGGGAGGAAGAGCAGCUCCGUCUUGCCGAGGUUCAGCUUGAGGUGGUGAUCCGUCAUCCACACUGAUAUGUCUGCCAGACAUGCAGAGAUGCGAUUCGCCACCUGGUUAUCAGAAGGGGGAAAGGAGAAGAUUAGUUGUGUAGACAACGCGGGCGGGCGCGCGCACACACACACACACACACCCACACAGUCCAAAAUGGGAGGCCUAUGUCUGAUGGUGCCGAAGUGGGAAAUUCUAUCACCAGCAUUAUUUGGCACAACAAUCGUGCCAUUUGAACAACUAUUAAAGUCCUACCCUCCCCUCCCCUCCCCUCCCUUUUGAAACACACAAUUCCCCAUCCGUCACAGAGCAUAGCCUAUAGAGAGGAGGGAGGGGGUGAGGACCCGCGCGCGCCCUCAAUUGUUUUUGUUUGGGUAGCUAGCCUCUGAGUGGAAGGCUUUUUUGAGCGCUAGAGCUCCACUAGGCCAAUAGCAGGGGCGCCUAUGAGCAAGCAGGGGAGUGUCCACGGCCACUGACUUUGCUUAGCUUCCUCUUCAUAAGACGGGUAAGCGCCCUUCACCCCCUCAUUCGUUUCUGAGAAGCAACGAGACAUCAUCAUGCCCGAGCCAGCAAAGUCAGCGCCCAAGAAGGGCUCCAAGAAAGCCGUCACCAAGACCGCAGGGAAGGGCGGCAAGAAGCGCAGAAAGUCCAGGAAGGAGAGCUACGCCAUCUACGUGUACAAAGUCCUUAAGCAGGUCCACCCCGACAUCGGCAUCUCCUCCAAGGCCAUGGGAAUCAUGAACUCCUUCGUGAACGACAUCUUCGAGCCUAUCGCCGGAGAGUCCUCUCGCCUGGCCCACUACAACAAGCGUUCUACCAUCACCUCCAGGGAGAUCCAGACCGCCGUGCGCCUGCUGCUCCCCGGUGAGCUUGCCAAGCAUGCCGUGUCCGAGGGCACCAAGGCCGUAACCAAGUACACCAGCUCCAAGUAAACAGCGCAUUUGGACUGCUCUACUAACGCAAAGGCUCUUUUAAGAGCCACCCACUCUGUCAGUAAAAGAAGCAAUUCCAUCGCCACCGAAUGAAUGCGUAGGUAGGCUGCGUUACAUUGUACGACUGCGGUUACCUUGUAUCAUUGUUUAAUGGGCGGCGCGCGCCGCCGGCUCGGAGAGCGGCUACAUUGUAUCAUUUCCCCUGCCCGUUCCAGCGUAGGGGUUUAGUGCGCCUUUUUUGUUGUCUUCCACCACCAAAGCACCCCCAGACCAACACAUUGCCUCCACCAUGCUUGACAGAUGGCAUCAAGCACUCCUCCAGCAUCUUUUCAUUUGUCUUUUCAUUUGGUCUGCAUCUCACAAAUGUUCUUCUUUGUGAUCCUAACACCUCAAACCUCAAUUCGUCUGUCCAUAACACUUUUUUCCAAUCUUCCUCUGUCCAUUCUGUGUUCUUUUGCCCAUCUUAAUCUUUAAUUUUUAUUGGCCAGUCUGAGAUAUGGCUUUUUCUUUGCAACUCUGCCUAGAAGGUCAGCAUCCCAGAGUCGCCUCUUCACUGUUGACGUUGAGACUGGUGUUUGCGGGUACUAUUUAAUGAAGCUGCCAGUUGAGGACCUGUGAGGUGUCUGUUUCUCAAACUAGACACUCUAAUGUAUUUGCCCUCUUGCUCAGUUGUGCACCGGAGCCUCCCACUCCUCUUUCUAUUCUGGUUAGAGCCAGUUUGCGCUGUUCUGUGAAGGGCGUAGUACACAGCGUUGUACGAGAUCUUCAGUUUCUUGGCAAUUUCUCGCAUGGAAUAGCCUUCAUUUCUCAGAACAAGAAUAGACUGCCAAGUUUCAGAAGAAAGUUAUUUGUUUCUGUCCAUUUUGAUCCUGUAAUCGAACCCACAAUUGCUGAUGCUCCAGAUACUCAACUAGUCUCAAGAAGGCCAGUUUUAUUGCUUCUUUAAUCAGCACAACAGUUUUCAGAUGUGCUAACAUAAUUGCAAAAGGGUUUUCUAAUGAUCAAUUAGCCUUUUAAAAUGAUAAACUUGGAUUAGCAAAACACAACGUGCCAUUGGAACACAGGACUGAUGGUUGCUGAUAAUGGGUCUCUGUACGCCUAUGUAGAUAUUCCAUAAAAAAUCUGCAGUUUCCAGCUACAAUAGCCAUUUACAACAUUAACAAAGUCUACACUGUAUUUCUGAUCAAUUUGAUGUUAUUUUAAUUUCAAAAGUUUAAAAAAAUCGCUUUUCUUUCAAAAACAAGGAAAUUCCUAGUGACCUCAAACUUUUGAACGGUAGUGUAUAUAAUUGGAAAAAUCCACACUAAAAUGCCAUUUAUUUUCAAGGGGAAUCAUUUUAGUACAGUACAUCUAGUUGUAAAAGCAGCUUGUACAUUGAUAUCAAAAAUAUCUUGCAAUUGGAAUAGCUAAACUGGUAAAGGGUGCAAUGCUACAGACAAACAGCCAACUUAAAGAUAUUGGACAGCCUGGAUGCUAACCCAAGACCAAUGUGCUCCAGCUCAUAUCCUGCUCUAUAGUUCCAAAGGGGCCAUGCCAACAAAAGAGGAACUGGCUACAUAAAGAAAAGAAGGAAAAAAAACUUAAUUACUUGUAUUUACUGUAUUUACUGAAAGUCAGAGGGUGGUUGGAUAUUGUUUUGUGUAAACCCCCCCCCCCCCCCCCCCCCCGAGCUCCAAGUCACAUCCUGGCCCUUGCAUCAUUGAUUGGCCGCAAUACCACCACUCACGGACACUUUUACAAUUCCCAUUAGCCCAGCGAGACAUUGUGGGGCCUGUGGUUUCCCCCUUUCCAGUUAGUUGCCUUCCUUUUGUAACCCAACUAGAAAUCCUACCCUGUGAUGUCAAAGAGAAGCAUUUUUUGGGCCUUUCUUCUUAUCUUUUUAACCACAGAUCAUAGAAACGCAAUGUUUUCACAUAUGUAGACACUGGUUCAGUGCUGAAUAUGAGGUUAAAAAUGUGGCGGAAUUGCCCUUUAACGUUAACAUAAAAUUAUUUAACUACUGUAGAUGCAGUAAACAGCGUAGCCUUUUUCCGUUCAGAAUGUUUGGCAGCCGAGAACCAUAAUCCUACUAAGGCCUUCCCUCACUUUUGCGAUCAUUAUAUUACACAAGCCCCCUGUUUUUAAUGUCAACCACAAGCCAGACACUAGGGAAAUAAACGAGAGAGCUGCAUUAGCCAGCAGUCACAUAAAGGCAGUGCUUCUUAUCUCCCUCUCUCUAGCGUUUAGCCAACACUAAAGCCCAUACGUCGCGAUUCAUCAGUGCCAAUCUCCCCUGCAACAAGUUCAAGAACCGCCUUGUGAACAUAAUGCCAUAUGAGUCCACGCGAGUGUGUCUUCAGCCAAUUCGAGGGGUGGAGGGCUCCGACUACAUCAAUGCCAGUUUCAUUGAUGGAUACAGGUGAGGAGAGCUUGACCAACGUGGUUGAAUUAUUGAGACACAUGGUAGUCCACUUUUACCUUGUAUUUUGUGAUACUGAAUAUAUUUAUAUUGUUUCAGGCAACAGAAAGCCUAUAUUGCCACGCAAGGGCCGCUAGCGGAGACCACAGAGGACUUCUGGAGGAUGCUCUGGGAGCACAACUCCACCAUCGUAGUCAUGCUAACGAAGCUCAGAGAAAUGGGCAGGGUAUGUUAUGCUAAACUAUGUUGUUUCUGUGCACUCUGUUGUCCAUGCUAACCAAAUGUUGCUACUACCGUGACAUGAUAACAUACCCGACAAUACAUAUAACAAUGUUGCUACUUCAACUAGUUGAUGAAAAAUGCAAACGUGAAAUAAAUUGAAUUCAGACCAACAAUCUGUAAGAUAUCCAGGCACUCUGCUGGAAUUUCAGUGUACUGUACGAGGUAGUAUCGCUCAUGUUUUUUUAUUUUUAUGUUUUCCCCCACUGCAGGAAAAAUGCCACCAGUAUUGGCCAGCAGAGAGGUCGGCCAGAUACCAGUACUUUGUGGUGGACCCCAUGGCUGAAUACAACAUGCCCCAGUACAUCCUGAGAGAGUUCAAAGUGACUGACGCCAGGGUAAGUACUGUACUGUACUGUACUACACCCAUCUUUUACUAUCCAAACACUCAUAGAAAUUUGACAGUGCUAGAAGCAUUCCCGACUUUGUAGUUUUUGUCAAAAUAUAUUAGAUUCAUUGUUUAUUGUGUGGAGUUUGGUCAAACGCAUAAAUCUGUCUACUUUGAAGUUUUUGUCUUUGAAUAACUCUGUUUCAUGAUAAAAACUUGGCAGCACUCGCUACCAUUUCUUUGAGCCAUUUGAUUUUAACGGUUCAGAUAGAGACUUGACUUAUAGUUGGCCAACUCCUACUGACCGGGGUUUUUAACUGUGCAGUAGUCCUCAAGCCAACAUCUGGGACCCAUAUCAAAUAAGUUGUUUAUACCGAACUGGAGGUUUUUUAAUGAAUAUAUGCAUAAAUAUAUUUGAGGGAAUUAUGACAUGUCAAAGGUGUAAAAACAAAUACGGUGCCUGGCAGCCUUGAGCCGCUGGGACUUAAUUCCAUCAAAGGCUUACACUGAUAAAUGGUGCAGGCUUCUCCUUUGUAGUGUGUGUUACAUUGGAACCUCAAUGGGAUUGCUUCCCCUUAUCAAAGGGAUACAAUAUCACUAAAGUAAUGCACACCCUCAAAGACGGCUUUUCAAGAGCCUGCCAAACUCGGCACAUCAAAGGACUUAGCGUCUUUAGUAUUCAUAUUUUAAUACAUUCAGGUGAAAAUUACAGAUAUCUUUAGUAACAAACACCUGUCUCUGGUACUUAUAACUUUGUGACUCGGGGCUCCCUGAUUCACUAAUGACCGAUAUUGAGAUUUUCAAAAUAAAAGCACAAAAAAGCCUCUGUCAUUACUGAGGCAUAAUGAGAUAGUUGAGGAAAAAAGAAAAUGGACAAGCUUCCAAUUUGGCCUGUUUGUCAGGUGCGUUGGAUAAGUUGUCUUGAUUUCAUCAUCUUGGCUUGACGUUCCAUUCAAGUGAACACACUGUAUUCUCUCUCCCUAUUUGUCCAGGACGGACAGUCACGGACGGUAAGGCAGUUUCAGUUUACAGACUGGCCCGAGCAAGGAGUGCCAAAAUCGGGAGAGGGCUUCAUCGAUUUCAUCGGCCAAGUUCAUAAAACAAAAGAACAGUUUGGCCAAGAUGGGCCUAUAUCAGUCCAUUGUAGGUAAGGAGCCACAUUCAAAAUAACUGUUGUUUUGUCUAGAGUGUGUUGUUUUGUCUGGUCAUGUGUUGUUUUGUCUAGACUGUGUAGUUUUGUCUAGACUGUUGUUUUGUCUGGUCAUUUGUUGUUUUGUUUGGUCAUGUGUUGUCUUAUCUGGUCAUGUGUUGUUUUGUCUGGUCAUGUGUUGUUUUGUCUAGACUGUGAUGUUUUCUCUGGUCAUGUGUUGUUUUGUCUGGUCAUGUGGUGUUUUGUCUGGUCAUCUGGUGUUUUGUCUGGUCAUUGGUGUUUUGUCUAGACUGUGUUGUUUUGUCUAGACUGUGUUGUUUUGUCUGGUCAUAUGUUGUUUGUCUGGUCAUGUGUUGUUUUGUCUGGUCAUGUUGUUUUGUCUGGUCAUGUGUUGUUUUGUCUAGAGUGAUUUGUUUUGUCUGGUCAUGUGUUGUUUUGUCUGGUCAUGUUUUGUCUGGUCAUGUGUUGUUUUGUCUAGACUGUGUUGUUUUGUCUGGUCAUGUGUUGUUUGUCUGGUCAUGUGUUGUUUUGUCUGGUCGUGUUGUUUUGUCUGGUCAUGUUGUUUUGUCUGGUCAUGUGUUGUUUUGUCUAUACUGUGUUGUUUUGUCUGGUCAUGUGUUGUUUUUGUCUGGUCAUGUUGUUUUGUCUGGUCAUGUGUUGUUUUGUCUAGACAAUGUUGUUUUGUCUGGUCAUGUGUUGUUUUGUCUGGUCAUUUGUUGUUUUGUCUAGACUGUUGUUUUGUCUGGUCAUGUGUUGUUUUGUCUGGUUGUGUUGUUUUGUCUGGUCAUGUGUUCUUUUGUUUGGUCGUGUUGUUUUUGUCUGGUCAGCGUGGAGGUUCUCAGACUGUUUAUUUGCUGUCUGAUUAUCUUUUGACUUUCUCGCAGUGCGGGUGUUGGUAGGACUGGAGUCUUCAUCACCCUCAGCAUCGUAUUAGAGCGGAUGAGGUACGAGGGCGUGGUGGAUAUCUUCCAGACGGUGAAAAUGCUCCGGACACAGAGACCGGCCAUGGUGCAGACAGAGGUGAGAUACCCUGUAUACCUGUACUCUCCACACCUUAUGGAGGUCAACCAAGCAUGAUACAUAACAUACCUACCUAACACACUAUACACUGACUAUACCAAACAUUAGGAACACCUUCCUAAUAUUGAGUAGAUGCUCAUGAGAUACAGAAUUCCAUUUGUCGUCCACAAAAUAUCCUUUGAAUGGAUGACAGACAACUGUUUUCAAGAUCUAUAGAAAAGAUACACAAUAGCUUACAAGUGGCUCUCUGAAAUUGCUUAAAAGCAGCAAUCUUCUACUCUGUGGUGAAUCAAGUACAUUUUUAUUUAUCUCAUUUCUGAGCAGCGGCAAAUGAAAAUGUGAACAUGGCAGACCGAGAAAGAGAGAACGAUUGAGGCCAAGGAAACUAAAGAUCACAUAUUGAGAGAGACAGUAAAGAAAGACAGCUAGACAGAGAAAUAAAUUGGACCUGGUUGGAAAAUGGUGACAAACAGUUUGGACUAAUUUUCUUUCUCUCCUUUCUCCUCAGGAUCAGUACCAGUUCUGUUACAGAGCUGGCUUGGAAUACCUUGGAAGCUUUGACCACUAUGCA